AUGGCUCAGCUCUGCCGGGGGGUUCAGCCUUUUGCUGUCCAAUCCGCCCGCGGCCGCCUACCACCGCUGCAGCAAGCCACCGCAAGCUGCUGUACUCUGCCCGUUUGGGCGAUGGACGACGCGGGUCGGACAGAGAGGGAAGCAGGGCCUGUCCGCGGCCGAGGAAACAGAGAGAAGGGUACAGACAAGACACCGGUCGACGCCAGUCUCAAGACAGGCAGGGCGGGACGGACUUUGAGCGGCGGGUUGCGCAGAGGACGAAGAGACCGAUGA